CGGCCACCACCGCCGACACAGUGAAAAACGCGUGUAAGUGCAGUCGACGCCUAUUUAUAUACAAGAGUCUUGCACGUCCCGAAUUUUCCCCCGUAUACCCUAACAAAAAACUAAAUACCUACUAUAAAAUAAAAAAGCAAGUCUGUUAACGAGAGCCCAUUUAGCUCUCAUUCAUACAAACCCGUGUUCAAAUAAUCAGUCAAAAUUCCAUUCUCAACGUUCAAACAGUCUUUCACCACCAAUGUCAAUUAUUUGAAACGAAGGUUCUCUUCGGGAGACCUAUCCUCGGAAGCAGACGAUGCCGAUCCAUCGAUGGCUCCCACCGACCGGCCGCCGGCGUCCGGGACGCAGUCGCAACAGCGAGCCCAACAGCGGCAGUACGCGUCCAAACCGUCUCGUUCGCAGGCCGCCACGCCCGCGUCCGAAGCUGCGGACAUGCGACUGGAGUUCCAGCAACAGCAGCAGCCGGGCAACCGGACCAUUAGCGCUCCGACCAGUCCGGCCAAGACGAGAGACUCGAUCCUGCAGCGCGUCCAAUCGCUGACGGACGCGGCCAAGGAGAAGGCCAGCUCGAUAAGCAACGAUAUCAAAUACGCGGCAGCAACACGAAGACAGCAAAGAGUGAGCAAAGACCGUUUGUUAACGUUGCUCGUGGUGGACGACGAGAACUUCGAAUGGUCUAGAUACUUCCGGGGCAAACGGUUCUUUGGCGAUUUCGAGAUACACGUCGAACAGGCGGACAUCAAAGACCUGACAGUGACCGCGAGCGCGGAAAAAGGAUGCACUGUCAGCAUGGCCGUGCUCUCGCCUUCCGGUUCCCGGGUGGUCCGUUCGUUCAGACCGGAUUUCUUCCUGUGCCGGCAGAGCGUCAGAGACGCCAGUAAGGAUUACCGAAACGUCUUGUUGGGACUAAACAUCGGUGGCGUGCCCAGCAUCAAUUCGUUACAUUCGUUGUACAACUUUCAGGAUAAGCCGUGGGUGUACGGGCAAUUGGUGCAACUUCAAAAAAAGUUAGGGAAGGAAAACUUUCCGUUGAUUGAACAGACUUUCUACCCGAGCUCCGGCGAAAUGUCGGUGGCCACUCAAUUGCCAGUGGUCCUGAAAGUUGGGCAUGCUCACGGAGGCGUGGGAAAAAUUAAAGUCGAAAAUAAUUCCGACUUCCAGGACAUGACAUCAAUUGUAUCUGUUGCUUCAACGUACUGCACCACCGAACCAUUUGUCGAUAGCAAAUACGAUCUUCAUCUGACUAAAAUUGGACCACAUUACAGAGCGUUGAUGCGUAAAAGCGUCUCAGGCAAUUGGAAAUCGUGUGUUGGUUCAGCGAUGUUGGAAGAAACAGAAGUUCUAGAAAGAUAUAAAUUUUGGCUGGACUCUGUAGCAGAACUUUUUGGUGGUCUGGACAUUUUGUCGUUGGAGGUAGUUGUCUCCAAAGACGGAAUAGAGCAAAUCAUUGGCGUCAACGACUCUGCAUUAUCCUUGCUGGGAAAUCAACAAGAGGAAGACAGGAAAUAUAUUUUCGAUUUGAUCAUGGAAAAAUUAGAAACACAAGUAUUGGCAAAUAUGGGCCUCCAAGCAGUCAGCCAAACACAAGAAGAAGAACCACCAGCUAUUCCAGCGAGACGAGAUUCUUUGGUUUCAGAGAGCAGCGUGACCAGCAGCCACCAGUCUAGCCAACCGGUGAAAGCAAACCUGAGCCGCCAAGGCUCCAUCGUUUCAGCUGCGGCUCCAGUUCCGGUGCAGCAAAACAAAGGGCAGCUGGACGACACCGAAGACACGAUGAAAAACCUGAGGAAAACGUUUGCUGGAAUUUUCGGUGAAAUGUAAACGUGGACUCGCCAAAAUGAUGACACUGGAAAACAGACGAAAAAAUAUUUGAGAAAACAUACUUUAACAUAAUUAUAUUAUUGUGUGUUUGCACCACGUAUAAUUUUGCCUUUUAACAUUAACAAGCUAAACUGUUAAUUUAAUUGAAUUAAAAAAAAAAAAUCUAGAAUAGUAAAUUUAAACGGUUUAAUCGAAAAUCGUAUGCACUAGAUGUUCAUUAAACGAAAAAA